AUGGCCAAGGGCAAGCCAAUGGCGGCGUUGCUCCCGAUCUGCUUCCUCUUCCUCCUCGCGCUCGCUUGCGCCACCGAGAUCAUCGACAAUAAUGGUGUCAUCGGUGAAGACCUGAACAAUGGUGACGACAUCGACAACCACCACAAGGGCAACAACGAUGGCAAGGGAAAUCUCAAGCCUUCGCAGUGCGGCGGGGAGUGCAGGCGGCGAUGCUCCAAGACGCACCACAAGAAGCCGUGCCUCUUCUUCUGCAACAAGUGCUGCGCCAAGUGCCUCUGCGUGCCUCCAGGAACCUACGGCAACAAGGAAACCUGCCCCUGCUACAACAACUGGAAGACCAAGUGUGGGACCGAAUUCGGCGACUAG